GUUCUCCUCAGCCCCCUCCUCCCAUUCAAUUCCUCUGUUUUCCUUUCAAAUCUCUCUGGUCUCUUCUCUCCUCCUCCUUUCCUUCUCAAAACCAUGCUUCUAAAGGCUUCUUCUUCUUCUCUCUCCCUUUUCUUGGCUCCCUCGUAUCCUUCUCCAGCCGCCUUCAGCGGCUCCUCUGCUUCUGUGGGCUCUGUUUUGGGGUUUCCAAGGGGGAGGGGGAAGGAUUGGUUGAUGUCUGCCGUGGUUGCCGCCGGAGCCAACAACCAGGCCAUCACCGGCGUCAUCUUUGAGCCCUUUGAGGAGUUGAAGCAUCAGCUUCCGCUCGUGCCCACGGCUCCGGAGCAGUCCAUCGCUCGCCAGAGGUACUCCGAUGAGUGUGAGGUUGCCAUCAACGAGCAGAUCAAUGUUGAAUACAACGUUUCUUAUGUCUAUCAUGCCUUGUUUGCUUACUUCGAUCGGGAUAAUGUCGCACUAAAAGGCUUUGCCAAAUUUUUCAAGGAAUCAAGCGAAGAGGAACGUGAACAUGCGGAGAAACUGAUGAUAUACCAGAACAAACGUGGAGGUAGAGUGAAGCUUCAAUCCAUUGUCACCCCCUUGACUGAGUUUGAUCACCCUGAGAAAGGGGAUGCUUUGCAUGCAAUGGAGUUGGCUUUGUCUCUUGAAAAGCUGACGAAUGAGAAGCUUUUGAACUUGCAUAGUGUGGCAGAAAAAUGCAAUGAUCCGCAGAUGAUGGACUUUGUUGAGAGUGAAUUUCUUGGGGAGCAGGUUGAAGCCAUCAAAAAGAUCUCUGGAUAUGUUGCACAGUUGAGAAGGGUUGGCAAAGGACAUGGCGUUUGGCAUUUCAAUCAGAUGCUUCUCCAUGAAUGAGAUGCUGCUGCAUGAGGUCAAAGAAAUGAAGUGGGUUUUAUCCGUUAGGUCCAGCCUGAUGCUGUGUUUUUUGAAGGUUUCCCUGUAUUAAGAUCAAGUUACAGAUGCUAUGUCUUCUGUCUAUGUAAGAAUUUCAUGUAGUCCUCUGAAUAAUAUCGAUACCAAUCGGUGAGAUUGUUCAGCAAGGAAUUUCUUUUUGGGUGCUAAGUCUACAUGCUAUGUAAUUUGGUUUAAUGUUAUUCUAGGCUGGAACUUUUGAAGGAAAUUGCAAAUCUGAUACAAAUGAGUUGAA